AUGGCGACAAGCCCCCGGCCAGGACCUACGGACAUCCUGCUCUCCUCCCCCUCCAACACCUACCAGCCGGACUCCAUGAGCCAGCAGAGAGCCAGCCACGCCAGCAUGAAGCCUAACCAAGUGGGCCAGGUGAUUUUGUACGGGAUCCCCAUCGUGUCUUUGGUGAUCGACGGCCAGGAGCGGCUGUGCCUGGCGCAGAUCUCCAACACCCUGCUGAAGAACUUCAGCUACAACGAGAUCCACAACAGGAGGGUGGCGCUGGGCAUCACCUGCGUGCAGUGCACCCCGGUGCAGCUGGAGAUCCUGCGGCGGGCCGGGGCCAUGCCCAUCUCUUCCCGCCGCUGCGGCAUGAUCACCAAGCGGGAGGCGGAGCGGCUCUGCAAGUCCUUCCUGGGGGAGAACCGGCCCCCUAAGCUGCCGGACAACUUCGCCUUCGACGUGUCUCACGAGUGCGCCUGGGGCUGCCGGGGCAGCUUCAUCCCGGCCCGCUACAACAGCUCCCGGGCCAAGUGCAUCAAGUGCAGCUACUGCAGCAUGUACUUCUCGCCCAACAAGUUCAUCUUCCACUCCCACCGCACGCCGGAGGCCAAGUACACGCAGCCCGACGCCGCCAACUUCAACUCCUGGCGCCGCCACCUCAAGCUGACGGACAAGACCCCCCAGGACGAGCUGGUCUUCGCCUGGGAGGACGUCAAGGCCAUGUUCAACGGCGGGAGCCGCAAGCGGGCCCUGCCGUCCGCCCCGUCCCAGCCCGGCGCGGCGGCGGCCGCCCAGUGCCACCCGCUGGGCUCGGUCAAGGCGGCGGCCGCGGUGGUGGGCGGCGGGCUGCUGAGCCCGCACCUGCUGGGGGCGCCGCCGCCGGAGCUGCAGCAGAAGCGGGCGCGCUUCGAGGAGGACGAGGAGCUGGAGGGCGGCGGCAAGAGCCAGCGGAGCUACCCGGUCAUCCCGGUGCCCAGCAAGGGCUCCUUCGGCGGCGUGCUGCACAAGCUGCCCGGCUGCGGCGGCCUCUUCCCGCACCCCUACGGCUUCCCCGCCGCCGCCUUCAGCCUCUGCCACAAGAAGGAGGAGGGCGCGGCGGGCGAGGCCCACAAGGCGGCCGGCGGCCUCUCGGGCCUCUUCUGGCCCGGCCGCAAGGAAGCCGCCUUCUACCCGCCCUUCUGCAUGUUCUGGCCGCCCCGCGCCCCCGGCGGCCUGCCGGUGCCCACCUACCUGCAGCCGCCGCCGCAGCCGCCCAGCGCCCUCAGCUGCUCCCUGGGCGACAGCCCCAGCCUGCUGCGCCAGGCCUUCCUGGACCUGGCCGAGCCCAGCGGCGAGGCGGCGGCCGCCGGGCUGGGCACCCCCCCGGCCGCGGCCGCUCCCCCGGCCAGCGGCGCCGGCAGCGGCAGGGACCCGCUCUUCGAGGCGCCCCCUGGCGGCGGGGACGCCGCGUCCCCCGCGGCGGAGGCGGGCGGCGGGGGCAGGGUGCCGGCUCGCCAUCCCCACCUGCUGGAGGGGCAGGCCGGCCGCAAGGCGGGCAGCGGCUACCACCACUCCAGCGCCUUCCGGCCCGUGGGGGGCAAGGAGGACUCGGAGAGCCUGGCCAAGCUGCACGGGGCCAGCAGCGGGCCCCACCACCCGGCCUCCCCGCUGCUGCUGCUGCAGGAGGAGCCGGGCUGCGAGCGCCACCCGCCGCCGCCCCAGCCCCCGCACCGCCUCCUCUCCCCCGGCGGCACCAGCUGCAGCUACCCCAGCGAGGAGAGCAGCGAGGAAGAGGAGGACGAGGACGAGGAGGAAGAGCAGGAGGUGGAUGUGGAGGGGCACAAGCAGCCGGAGGAGGAGGAGGAGCAGGAGGGGGACCCAGGGGUGGACGCCCUAGGGGGGAGCAGCCGGUACCUCCAGAGCCGGGGGCUGACGGAGAAAGGAGGAGGCAGCAGGGACCGGGCUGCUGCUACUGGCCUCUUCCCCAUCAACUCCUCCAGGCAGCAGCAAGAGGAGAAACUAGGGGACACCAAUGCAGAGCUGCAUCCUCCUCCCCCUGGCCCCCCGAAAGGGGGGACUAGCAGCAGCAGCAGCCCAGUGCACCAUCCAUCACUGGAGGAGCAGCCCUCCUACAAAGAUAAUCAGAAAAGCAAGGAAGGUAACCAAGUCAUUUUGGCUACAAAAGAGGACAGCAACUUUUCAGAUAAGAACAAAGAGCAUAAUUUUUUCAUCACAGAAGAGCCUUCAGGAGGAGACUUCUGGCGAGAUAUAGCAGGUGAACACACACAAGAAACCAAUUCACCUCAUUCACUGAAGAAGGAUGUAGAAAACAUGGGGAAAGAAGAACUUCAGAAGGUUUUGUUUGAACAAAUAGAUUUACGGAGGAGAUUAGAACAGGAAUUCCAAGUGUUGAAAGGAAACGCUUCUUUCCCAGUAUUCAAUAAUUUUCAAGAUCAGAUGAAACGGGAGCUGGCAUACAGAGAAGAAAUGGUGCAGCAGUUACAAAUUAUUCCCUAUGCAGCAAGCUUGAUCAGGAAAGAAAAGCUCGGCACACACCUCAGCAAAAGCUAA